AUGCAAACCAUUGAUUUUAAUUUACGUUCGACUGAGGGCUUUGGCGUAGCGGAGAAGAUCGUGCUGCUCACCUUCAUCUCCGCCGUUAUACUGAUGGCCAUCCUGGGGAACCUGCUGGUGAUGGUGGCCGUGUGCCGGGACAGGCAGCUCAGGAAAAUCAAGACCAAUUAUUUCAUUGUUUCCCUUGCCUUUGCGGACCUGCUGGUGUCAGUGCUGGUGAUGCCAUUUGGAGCCAUUGAGUUGGUUCAGGACAACUGGAUCUACGGAGAGAUGUUCUGCCUGGUCCGAACGUCCCUCGAUGUCCUGCUCACCACAGCGUCAAUCCUGCACCUGUGCUGCAUCUCGCUGGACAGGUACUAUGCUAUCUGCUGCCAGCCUCUGGUUUACAGGAAUAAGAUGACUCCAUUGCGCAUCGCUGUAAUGCUUGGAGGGUGCUGGGUAAUCCCGACAUUUAUUUCUUUCCUCCCUAUCAUGCAAGGCUGGAAUAGCAUUGGCAUCAUUGAUCUGAUUCAGCAAAGGCAGUUCAACAAGGCUUCCAACUCCACUUACUGCAUAUUCAUGGUCAACAAGCCAUACGCCAUUACCUGCUCCGUGGUGGCCUUCUACAUUCCCUUCCUCCUGAUGGUGCUGGCCUACUACCGCAUCUAUAUCACGGCCAGGGAGCACGCCCGCCAGAUCCGGCUGCUGCAGCGGGCCGGGGCCCCCGCCGACGGCCGUCAGCACCACCCGGACCAGCACAGCACACACCGCAUGAAGACUGAGACCAAAGCUGCCAAGACCCUGUGCAUCAUCAUGGGGUGCUUCUGCCUGUGCUGGGCCCCCUUCUUUAUCACAAAUGUAGUGGACCCUUUCAUAAACUAUACGGUGCCGGGGAAGCUGUGGACAGCUUUCCUGUGGCUGGGCUACAUCAAUUCAGGGCUGAACCCUUUCCUCUACGCCUUCCUGAACAAAUCUUUCAGACGUGCCUUCCUCAUUAUCCUGUGCUGUGGUGAUGAGCGAUACCGAAGGCCUUCCAUCUUGGGGCAGACGGUCCCCUGUUCCACCACCACAAUAAAUGGAUCGACUCAUGUACUAAGGUACACUGUUUUACGUAACGGGCAUCAUCAGGAACAUGAGAAGCUUCCCAUCCACAAUGACCCUGAAUCCCAAGAGUCCUGUUUCUAG